UUAUCUGCUACAUAGAGAAAGUCCACAUUUUACGGUAUUUAAAGCGCCGCACAACCUCAGUUUAAAUAUAACUUGGAAGCGCUCUCUUCGACGUUCAAAAACUUUGCCAAACUGUUCGGUACACGUUGAUCAGCUGUUGAGCUGUUUACAUGUGUAUGUAUAUUAGUGUACGCGUGUCACGUGGAGAGGUAUUUAACUCCCUUACUAUACGAGUUAGACGGUACCAGCUCACAACACUGGUAUACAUUGGUGUAGAACGCUCAUAUAACACCUCUUGUACAAACUUGUGACUGAAAAAACGGAGAAUUCAUAAAAAUUGCAAUUAUGGACUUUAAAGUUGUUUUCUGGAUUGGUUUCCUGUCCACGUGCAUGGUAACGUCAACAGUUGACUCAGUUAUUCCAGACUACAUGCUUGAACGUGCGAAAUUCAAUCCACGACCUCGGCGGAAGAUCUUCCGAGCAACGUCCAAGAAGUGCUGCAAGAUCGGCGUGCGCACAGCGAAGAAAAAACUUUCUUGUACGGUGGAUUUAGCUGUGAGAAACAACAAUUUCGUCAUAACCAGGUUAAAAACAACUGGUUCAAAUGCUGAACUAAAAAGAUACGGACAGAACCUGGCGAAAAAGAUUAACUCCUGCAGGACAGCAGGCUUUGGUAAGGUGUUUGAGAAAUGCUGCAAAUAUCGAGAGGACUUCAGAAAGUCACUUCAAAUGUGCAAAGUGACACACCGGAAGCGAACUGAUAAGCGGAAAUGCAGACGGGACGUGAAACGGCGUCACUUGAGUUACUUAUGAGCGUACAUUGCCAUUUGACAAAUGAAAUGGAAGCUAUCAUGGGACAUGCACGGCGCCUUGUCCGUCGCACGGGUAUUCUAUCGUGUGAGUGGAGACAAGAGAAAAUGAAUUCUGUCCAAAACUUAAACUCAGCUGGUUGAGAGUCAACAUAAGUAUGCCUCACUAUGCUAGAGAUACAAUGAUAGUCAAGCUCUGACGCGAGAACUGCGCAUGCUACAAUGCGCAUCAGACAGUAAAUGACAGAGCACGAUACGGCCAGGACCAAAAACGUUUUGGAAAGUUUGCGGAAAUGCUUGUCUGAGCCUUUGCUGUGUCGAGGGCUCAUUGCAAUGCAAAGCGUUCUUGUCAAUUGAGAAACGUUCCAAAACGUGUUUGCUCAUGAACGCAGCACUGAUGUUCAUAGAGUUGCUGUUAAAAUCUCGCGUAAGCUAUAAAUAGUUUAUUUGACUGUUAGAACGAGGCAUGUUGUUGUAGUCGCCAAUUAAUCAUUGUACGUCUUCGGUGUAUACGUACAACGUCAUUCGACGUAUAGUGCGAGUGUUUGAAAUAUACUGUUAUUUCAUAUGUAUCUAUUUAUCAUCGCGAUCUAUUUGGGUGAGAAUGUUCGACGUAAACUGUGAGAAUACACCGUGUGAGAGUCCAUGGAAUGUGUUGUGUGGGUCUCGGUUAUUCCGUGAUGGAACUUUCAAUGUAUGUUGCUUGCGUUUCCGACUGAUGCUGUUAGAAUUUCCGACCUAUUUUGCCAGAUUCCUCGACGUUUCCGACGUAUACUUAGUCUUAUGUAGAUAGAGCUCCCAAAGUACAGCCGUAGUUUCCGAUGCAUACUACAAGUCUUCGAAAUAUGUUUUAAGAUUCCGAGGUAUACUUUUAGAGUUUCCGACCCUUAUAUUUAGUUUUUCUUAGUUUCCCACGUAUUUUGUUAGAUAUCCUGGCGUAUGUUAUCAGAAUUCCGACAAAUAAGGUUUUCCACGGGUACUUUUAAGAGUAUUUUAGAGUAUAUACUAGUCUCAGACAUACAUAUGUCAGAGUCUCUGACGUGUGCUCUUACUUUGUGACUUAUACUGUUAAAGUUUUCGACUUGUAUUCUUGGCUUCCGACACAUGUUCAUGAUUUUUGACGAAUGAUACUUGUCGUAUUUUUUAAUAGGUUCCGAUGUUACUAUAUUGCCAUAGCCUUCGACGAAUGUUCAAGUUUCUGUCAUAUGCUGUUGUCAUUUUUCGACGUAACCUACUGUUAGACUUUCCGACGUAUGCUGUUGUCAUUUCCCGACGUAACCUUUUGUUAGAGUUUCCGACAUAUACUGUUGUCAUUUUCCGACGUAACCUAUUGUUAGAGUUUCCGACGUAUGCUGUUGUCAUUUACCGACGUAACCUAUUGUUAGAGUUUCCGACGUAUGCUGUUGUCAUUUACCGACGUAACCUUUCGUUAGAGUUUCCGACGUAUGCUGUUGUCAUUUACCGACGUAACCUAUUGUUAGAGUUUCCGACGUAUGCUGUUGUCAUUUACCGACGUAACCUAUUGUUAGAGUUUCCGACGUAUACUGUUGUCAUUUUUCCGACGUAACCUUUUAUUAGAGUUUCCGACGUAUGCUGUUGUCAUUUUCCGAUGUAACCUUUCGUUAGAGUUUCCGACAUAUACUGUUGUCAUUUUCCGACGUAACCUAUUGUUAGAGUUUCCGACGUAUGCUGUUGUCAUUUUCCGACGUAACCUUUUAUUAAAGUUUCCGACGUAUAGAUUCCCCGACGAAAGUUAUCAAGUGUUUCGACAUAUGUUGUAAGAAUAGGUGUCUCCGAGGUAGUCAUAUGAUUGUAAAAUGUCGGAUUUCCAGCUGAUACUGACAGUCCGACCAAGAGGAAGACAAUCCCCGACUUUGAGUGCCAAAGUGGGCGAGAUAGUCUUGGAUGUCUUAUAACCAAAUAUCCGAGCUAUUCGAAACAGAUUAUCGACACGUGCUGUGGAAAUCCCCCAAUGUAUAGUUACUCAUGAUCAGUCGAUGUUAUUUCCCGAGGCCGAGUGGGAGAGAUUCGGUCGUGACUGCAUGUGUAGUACUCUUUAAUGUUAGGGUGUUUAAUAUACAGCUGUACCUUUUGUCAGUAUGGGUAAGAUGAUAGUGGCAUCCCAUUUGAAUGUAUGAGAACGUGUUAUAAAUGUGUGAACGGUCUGUCAAGUGUUGUAUCGAGCUGGUAAUGAACGAUGAGCGAGGAGAAGUGUGGACAUCCACAAUUAUGUCAUUUUCUGAUCUCCACGCACAAAUAAUUCCUAUGUUAAUUUUUAGGAGAUGUUGAAAUAUUAUAUACAUAAUUAUAUAACUAUAUUAAUAUGUAUUAUAAACCCGAGGCAAAGGUAGUGACUGUCGUUGUGUUGUUAAUCAUUCAGAAUAUUAUUUUAUUUCGUAUUAUGAUAUGCGUUUUAUUUUUACAAAUAAACAAAUGAAUUCCA